CGGGAGGGGCGCCGCCUAAUGACGCACUGCGCAGGCGCGCGACAGUUACCGGUUGGAGUCCGGAUGGAGUCGGAACUUGUCCUUCAGAAGGUGUCAGCGCUGCAGGCCUGUGUCCGGGGCUUCUUGGUCCGACGCCGAUUUCAGAGCCUGCGAGCUGAGUACGAGUCGAUUGUACAGGAGAUCGAGGGAGACCUGGGCACGCUUCAGUGGAGUGCUGGCUGGAUUCCCAGGCCCCAGUUUCCCCCAAAGAAGGCAAAAUCCCACUGUCCCUGGAAAGCAACAGAGAAAGUACCAGGUCCAGAGCAGGAGCUGCAGAGCCGCAUCCCCUUUAAAGAGCCAGAGGAAAAGGCCAUCUGGGAGGAGAAGGCACCUGCAGGAGAGACCUCAGCAAACCCAGGAAGGCUUUACAGAGAGGACAGCUCCUGGCUUCAGGUUGAGCACAGCAAAAAAAACAGGUACCCCAGCCAAGAGGAGACCGGAGACACAUCAAGGACGGAGAACCCAGAGCCCACAAGCCCAGGACUGCCAAACAGCCAUCAGCUCCAGGAGCUCCAGUACCACCGAAGCCACUUGGCCAUGGAGCUGCUGUGGUUACAGCAGGCCAUCAACAGCCGUAAGGAGUAUCUAAUUCUCAAACACACACUGACGUCCCCAGAAGCAGGCCAGACCAGAGAUGAGCCCAGCCUGUGCCCAGACCUUAGGGGACAGGCUUAUGCAAAGGCAUGGUCACAGCCACACCCACUGCUGGAAGACGGGACCACUGGAGAGCUAGACCUUCUGGAUGACUCCUGUCAGAAGGGGAAGUCCCAACCCUGCAAGUCCCCAGAAAGUCUGGCCACUACUGACAAAACCAGUGCCAGGGCUAAAGGCAGGGAACCAUGUCAUAGGAAGGCUGGGCCACUGCUGCCUGUACCAUCAGAUAGCCAGGCUGGAGCGGACACGGGGACCAACGGGCCAGACCACAGAGGACAAACCUUCUUGCAGCAGAUGAAACUUCCAGAGGAUCAGACAACCCCAUGUUUCAGAAAGGCCAGGACACAGCUGCCUGCACUCUGUGAGGACCCAGGUGCCGAGGACAGGUCUCCCAGAAAGCCAGGCCGCAAAGAGCCUGACUCGCAAACAGCCAGGCCAUGCGAGAUGCGCCUAUCAGAGGACCACAUGGUUUGGAACGGGAUGUUGGGAGGCCCAGAGCCUGGUCAGCUGGAUCUCAGGACUAAAUCACCCAAGGCACAGACACCCAGUGAUAGAGGUUCCAGAGACACAGUGUCCGGUGAGCCUAGUCACAAAGAAUGGAAAAACCAUAGGCCUGCACUGUGGAGACCAAGGCUGCCUGAGAGUCUGUCUUCUACAGGAUUAGAGGAGACAAGGGAGGACCAGAGGAGGGGCAGAACAUUGAAAACAGGACCCCCAGGCUAGACCCUGGGAACACAGGCAAGGAACAGGUUCUAAGGGGGACACUGUGAAGGGUAGUGGAACAGGCAAGCCCUCAUCCUGGUACCAGCUCUCCCUCCUGCCUUCACCCCCAGCCAGUGGUGGCUGGUGGGGCCAGAAGAGGCUGGAGUAGAGUUGGUAUGUGUAGAGGGCAAAGGACAAAGGAUACCCUUUCAUCAUCUGCCUGUGGCUCAUCCAAAUUUCAGGUUAAGCAGUUACCUGGGGAAGUAAAGUGGUUGGGGAAUAAAGGUUUUUCUUGGAUUCUGAA